AUGUCUAACAAAGCUGGAAGACUGCUUCUAAAUCAUGGUUAUCUAGAAGCUGCAUACAAAACAGAGAAUGAAUGCUUCCUGGAAAAUGCUAAGCUUAAAACUAUGCUUAAGGAGAUGUGGUAUGGAGAAGGGUAUAAGGAAAAGAAAUGCUGUGAAAAAGUUCUAUACUUUUUUUUUAGGUUAUUCCUGUGCAUUAUUCAUAUCUUUAUCAUGCCGGUAAUGGUUUUCUCAUUGGGCAGGCCAUCAUGGUUCUAUCAAAAGUAUCAUAUCCCAAUCCUGAAAUUGUGGAUCAACAUGGUAGGAUUAGCUUCGUUUCUAGCUGCCUUUGCCUACAUGCUUUUGUUUGACUAUACCGAGAAUAGAAUAUCGCAGUCAGAGUAUGCGGUACUCUACUGGAUUGGUAACAAAUUACUUGACGAAUUACAUCAGGCUAAAAUAACAGUUGCUUUUAUGGCGAUAAUGCUUGUUAUAAUGAUGUGUUACAAUGUGGUGGACUACGCCCUUCUGUAUCCAAACACAGAGUUCACAUGGACGGAAAUUCAAAAUAUUGCAAAAAAUGGCUACUGGGCCUUGUAUGCAAAUUUCCCAGAGGAUGUUGGUUCAGAGUGCACAAAUAACGCAACAGAGUAUGAACAAGAACUGAAACCAAGAUGUCCGACCUCUUUGGGGGAAGCCCUGUCUCCAAUCAUUAGAGCCGUAUAUGGCUUCGUUGCCAUUGUUAUGCUGUUGAACUUGUUGAUAGCAAUUUACACGAAAGCGUAUGAAAAUGUGGAUAGUAAAUCGCGAAUAUAUUGGUCACAACUACAGUCAGAUUUCCUUGAAGAAUACACAAUCAGAACAAUUUUUCCUGUACACAUGAAGGGUCUCUGCUUACUGGUGUUUGUUAUUUAUCUCUUGGUAUCCUGGAUCUAUAGUAAAAUCAUGAAAACUGACCAUGAGAAUCGACGAUUAAUCAGAGUUCUCUUCUUCGAUGAAACCUUUGAUGAUCUUCGGACGGAAACAACUGAAGAGGAAAUAGAUGGAAUGUUAGAAGUGCAAAGGGACACGGAUACUUGGGUAUCUGAGGCUGAGGAUAUUUCUGUAAAGCAGGAAAGACUGAUUGAAGAAGAUGAUACAGAAGUAAGGAGUUUUUCUGCACCUAAAGAAAGCUGUUCAUCUUUAAAAGAGGAUCACUAG